CGCCUGCGCGGGCCAGGCGGCAGCGGCGCCAUCGCCAUGGCCAUGGACCGGGAGCUGUUGCGCCAGGCGGCGGCCUAUCACGGGCCUGAGCUCGUGACGCUCCUCAAAUGCGAACAGUUCGACAACCCCGACAUCCAGAGCCUCUCGGCGCAGCUCCUGAAACCGCACCACAGAAAGGACAGGAGAGUGGAGAACAGGGCCGUGCAGCAGUUCAUCGCCAGGAAGGCAGACCUGCUGUUUGCUCAGUCGUGGAGAUCGGCCCCUGUCACUGAGGUCAAUGAUGACGAGGCGGAAGAGUAUUACGCCAUCAUGCCCCCGAUGGAACAAUUCAUGGAGAUUCCAGACGAUGAGAAAAGACAGUAUUUUUUCCGUGACAUUGAGCGCGGGGAUGUAGUGAUCGGAAGAAUCACCUCCAUUCGGGAUUUUGGCUUCUUCAUCAAGCUGAUCUGUCUCGGGGGAGGUCUCAGCAGAGAUAUAGAAGCUUUAGAAAUCACAGCGCUGUGUCCUGUGAGAGAUGUGCCUUCUCAUGGGAAACAUGAAGACCCUUUGUCUUACUACCAAGUGGGAGAUCUUUUAAGAGCUGCCUUGAAGGAUGUCGAUCGUUACCAUGAAAAGCUUGCAGUCACGCUCUACCCCUCCGCUCUGCCCACUCGUCUUUCUCAUCUGAAGUUGGGUGUUAUCAGCAGCGAGGACCUGCCUUCCUAUUACAGACGGAAUUCCACUCUGGGCAGUCCCAGUGCCGAGACGUACGACAAAGUGUUGCAUCGCACGCUUGGAUUCGCCAACCCGUCCACUGUGGAUUUUUUGCUGGGCAAACUGGGCAUCAGCGAGGUGGAAUCCCCUUCAUUAAUGCGAGGUCUGCAAAGCAAAAACUUUACGGGGGACGAUUACGCCGCAGCCUUAAGAAAAAAACAAUCAGCCUCGUGGGCACUGAAGUGUGUGAAGGCUGGCGUGGACCACUUCAAAGCAGGGCGACACGUGGAAGCCAUGAACGAGUACAACAAGGCUCUGGAAAUCGACAGCAACAAUGUUGAAGCUCUGGUGGCUCGAGGGGCUCUUUACGCAACGAAGGGAAGCUUAAGUAAAGCUAUCUCGGACUUUGACUUGGCUUUGGAUGCCUGCCCAACGCACAGGAACGCAAGGAAAUAUCUUUGUCAAACACUAGUGGAAAGAGGAGGCCAGUUGGAGGAGGAGGAGAAGCUGGUGAGCGCUGAGAACUGUUACAAACGAGCCUUGAUUCUGGACAAGACGUUCCACGAGGCAGAGGCGGCUUUGCAGAGACUCAGGAAAUUCAUGCAGAAAUCACUGGAACAGAAAGACAAGGAAACGAGAAAAGACACCAAAAAAACCGAGGCGUCGAGCGCGGAGAAAUUGCGUAAGCUGUUGAAAGAAGAAAAGAGGAUGAAGAAAAAGAGAAAGCGGUCAACUUCGUCCUCCUCGUCUUCAUAAUUGUCUUCAACCGACCCAUCUUCAGCAGACUCCUCAUCAUCGGAGUCUUCACUGUUAGUUUCUUCCUCUGCCUCCGAGCAUUCAAGGAAGCACAAAUCCGCAAAGAAACGCCAGCGGUCCCGCUCGGAGUCCUCACACUCUCAAAAGAGCCGUGCGGGGAGGAGGUCGGGUGAGGGGAGUGCCCAGCUCCCGCACGGCAGUAAGGAGUGGUACCCUCCUCCCGCUGACACCUCUGCUUCCUUCCUGAACCAGAAGCAGGAGGUGGCGAAGCUGCUGGAGAGGAAUGAGUGCUCAGAGGACCAGUGGUCAGAGAUAAUGGAGAAGCAGAGGUCUCGCUCACUGUCUUCAUCAUCGUCAUCGGUCGAAAUCUUAGAUCUUCACGGAGGUAGGUCUGAAGAUAACAGAGGCUCUUUCAAUAAUUCCAGAACUGAGGCCAAUAGCAGUGACAAGUGGUACAAAGCUGAUAUAGGCUGGAUGGCUUGUGACAAAAAAUCCAACAAUCAUGACAGAUGGAGGAGAGAGGUUCAGGAUCCCAGAAUGAGCAAAGAAUUUAACAACAAAAGGUAUGAAAGGAGCAACAGGAGUUAUUCAAUAUCUUCAGCAGAGUCUGAUCAUUCACAUUUAGCAGCUGUUGGGCAGCAUGUGAGAGAGAAUUCCUGCUCCUACAAAUCCAAUAGCAAAGAGGAAAUGUGUGGACAAAGGUCCAUGGAAGGUGGGGAUGGCAGAAAGGGCUAUGGGUAUGGAAGUGAUGAGGGUGACAAGGACAGUAGAGGAGAGAGCGUUGGAAGUAAGCAAUGGAGGGAAGGUCAAAGGGCGAUUGAGAAGGAAGUGCGUGGCAGCAGUGAUGUGACAGCAGAGCAGCCCGACAAAAACAUGCCUCAAAACCUGCUGGAGAUAUUUAAUCAGAUCGCGGAGUUUGAGAAAGGGAAAGGGCAAGGAGGGAAAUGCAAACAAAAAUACAAGUAACUGAGCAUAGUGGGGUAGCUUCAAUAUGAAACCAAUUACAGAAAGAUAGAGGGAGAUGGGCUUUUGUGUUAAAUGCACGAAUCAUCUGAUUAUAAUCUGAGCGCUCGCGGCACAGAUCUGGGUUUACUCGCUCCUGCUAAAGCUGCCACCACAUCCAAAUUGCCUCAUUCUCUUUUCCACGGUGGUGUGGCUUGUCAGCCAUUGUGACCGCCAGUAAGAAAAGGUUAGUAUUCAUUCAAAGGGUUUGCACGUUUUCCUUUGAUUUGGCUAACGGCCUGUGUUUGUGUUAUUUAGCGUUGGAUUCGGUGGUUACAAUGAGUGCAAGUCUGAUCGCCAGUCUUGUUCUGGGACCUUUUAUAGUGUCCGUUAGGGCAUGCAACCCCCCCCCCCCAGAAUCUUUACAAACGAGGCAACUCAUCUAAAUUUGGCACAGUUUUGGAUCAGUAGAAGGUAGCUAGUAGAUAGGAAUGCAGUGAGGGAUAAUAGGAGAUUUAAUGAAGCCAUUCAAGAGAAUCUGUUGUGUUUGAUUGAGUGUGCAAGCGUCUGCAUACACUUACAAAGUGCAAAGGGAACAAAGUUGCCAUGUUAGUAGUGCGUAUUUCAUUCUAUUUGAGGACACAGGAUAGAGAGGACCUUGGGGAGGGGCUGUCUGUCUGUCAACAGCAUUGGGGUGGGGAGAAAGGGUUGAAGAAAAUAUAAUAUCAACCCAAACCACUGGGCCAUUUUCUAUUUAUGAGCCACUAGUUGAGAUGGCUGUUACCUGUGUGACAGCCCCUGUCCAUUGCACACCUUUUCCUACAUUCUCUCGGAUAAAUUGUGUCACAAAUAUCAUUAUCUCCUCUAAAUGUGCAUACUUGAAAAUGCUAACUGUACUUCUAAAUACAUCGGUUCCAUUCAGUUCUAAGCCUGUCACAGUGUAUUGUCACUGACCAAUGAUGCACUUUAGUGCAUUGCUGGGGAUUACUUUCGUGGUGUUAAAUUACUUGCCAAAACGGACUGUUGGAUCAAAGACAACUUUGUGAAAAUAAAAGUGCAAAAAUAA